GAACCUUCUUAAUGGGUCACACCGACAUUUUUACGAAUUUUGUGGAAGCUUAGCUAAUCAGGGAAAUUUUAUCACGUACAACUAAUUAAUUAUGCACCUCUCCAUCGUUAUCCAUUAAAGGUCAAAGACAAAAGACAUGGACACACGUAAGAGAGAGACAGAGGGACAUAUUACUCAGAAUGAGUCAUUUACACCUUUAAAAAAAUAUUAGAAUUUUCUUACUGUCUUCUUUUAUUUUUAUCUUGAAAUUAUCAGCUUUUUUGCCUGUUAUCAGCUUCGUCAUUAUCAACUUUUUGACUAAAUUAAAGAAAACAAACUUCUGCGUUCACCAUUAAAGAACACAAACGAGUUUUUUUUUAGUUGUGUUCGUUCGUGCCAUCGUUUUUUCGGAUAAGCAGUUUUAAACCUACUGAAGAGAAAACGACAAAGCAAAAAGGUUUGGCACAGAUUCCCAGAUUUUCUCAAACCAUUUUCAAAAAAAAUAGAGGAGACAUUUUUUAUCUUCGUAUGGGGUUUUUCUUGAAAAGAUUUGGUUUUUGAAGGGAAUCUUUUUCAAUUUAUGUCUUUUCGUGUCUAUAAAGAUCCAAACGCUACCUUGUCUGUUUUUUUCCGUAGAAAGUCUGAAAAAGUCUUUUCAGAGAGAGAGAUUGAGAAGAUGUUGGAAGGAAAAGCAAUGGUGGAAGAUUCAGAUAUGCCAAUGAAGAUGCAGAUUCAAGCCAUGGCUUCUGCUUCUCAAGCUCUUGAUCUCUUUGACGUCAUUGACUGUAAAUCCAUUGCUGGCCACAUCAAGAAGGAGUUUGAUGAGAGAUAUGGGAGUGGAUGGCAAUGUGUGGUGGGAUCAAAUUUUGGGUGUUUCUUCACACAUUCUAAAGGGACAUUCAUCUAUUUUCAGUUGGAGACACUUAAGUUCCUAAUCUUCAAAGGCGCUUCUACUCCUUAAUAAUCAACCCUAAUCCAAUGUUUUUUUCCUUUUUUCUUCUUCCACUUUUAUGAAAAUCUGUGAAAAAAGCUUGAAGAGCCUAUCAAGAUCUUUCUUUGUUUUUUGCUCUUUGUAGCUUUGUUUGAAUCUAUGUCUGUAAAUAGACCCAAGAUUGGGAGAUUGAUUUCACUGAAGAUGUGGUAAAUUUUAUUUCUGUAUUUGGCUUUUGUAAUCAAUAAAAGUUUAACGUGGAAGAUCUUUAUAUAUUUCUUUUAAAGAAAUGCAAUGUCCACCCACAGUAAUUAUCAAUACUACAAGAGUACCCGUGCAUACGCAC